AUGGACGUCUUUUCCUCGCCCCUGCGGAUGAUUCCGCCUCUAACACCUCGUCGCGUUCCAUCACCAGCCAUGUCGCCCGCAGGCAGAAGGGGCCGGGCAUAUGGUAGCUCGGAAGAGAGCCGCCUCCGCGAUUUGUCGCCCGAAACCACUCUCCGCGCCUUCACCCAGAAGCCCAUGCCCUUCGACACAACACGCGACGAAUACAAGAUAUUCUCUUGCAUCGAAACCCUUACCGCCGCCGAAAGAGACUUGGGCUCGCGCGUCGCAAAGGCAGCGCAACGACUGAAGAUAUGGUGUGCCGAGAUUGAGCAAUGGGGAUGGUCGGGCAGCUUCGAGCAGCCCAGCGCCGAGUUCUGCGAACAGAGGAGGAAAAGCAUCGAGAUGCGUAUUAGGGAGCACGUCGCUGAAUCUGACACCGCCGAUGCCAUGCCGCCAUUAGAAUACUGGGGGUCGAUGCUGUCGGUCGAGGUAGAGCAACACGAUGCGAGGCUAGACGACAUCGCCGACGAGAUGCUGAAGCUGGACGUCGAAGAGCUGAAGGAGCAUGUGCUGGAUAUGCAUCCGGCAGGCAGGUCAAGACCAUCCUCUGCUGGCUACGAGGCCAAUCGCCAACACUACAAGGUCAUGGACGACUUCUCCUUUCUCAUCACCCAAACCCUCCUAUCCGCCCUACCGCACCACGCCCAGCUGAAAGCCCGCCUAAGCACCUGGACGGCCCGCGUCUCCAUCCUCCGCGAAGCACCCCGCUACACCGGCGAGCUCGACACAGCGCAAAAAGCUAUGCGGCUAGGCUGGGACGCCAUCGAGCCGCCAGCAGAUAAUUCCGAUGCCGCCUUUGAGCAGUGGAAGAAUGCGGUAGACACUAUAUCUCGGGUGCUUCAUCAGAAAGUCAGCGACUUGGGGAGGCAACUAGACAAGAUGCUCGAUACUCUCGAAGGGCAAGAGGACUGCCUACCCGAGAAUUGGAUAGACGUCUUUGAAUCUACAGAGGCUGACUAUGGGCGCUGGAAGCAUGAAUCAAGAAGGAGGGUAAUCGAUCUCGAAGUGCGAAGGCGAGCCGAUGGUUUUGGCGUCAUCAACAAGGGCGGUACACAGGAGACAUCACAUUCCUCCGACCUCGCCCCUGAACUUGGGCUGACUCCAGAGCGCGACACCAAAACGACUGCGUAUACGAGCGGUGAACGAGCAUCGAUAACAGCAUCUUCAUCAGUCAAUCCCGGCAACAAUGGUGUACAGUCCGCUAGUGCCAGACCAGAUGCUACCAGUGCUCGAAUUGACUCCGUCGCGUCUGCUCUUGAAGCAUCGCCAGAGGAAGCUGCUUCACAGAACAGCCGUCAAGCCAUUUCGUAUGACUACUUUGGCAGUGCACCUGUUCGUCAAAUGUUCUCUGGAGACUAUGGCCUCAACGCAUCUGGUAGCAGCAACUCAACACUUCACACCUCGACCGGCUCCAACAAUACACGGCAAGUGUCUGGAGAGACUGAUGCUACAGAAUUUGAGCUGCGACAAAGCAUUGCGCCACCAUCAAGGACCUCAACUGCUUCGGAUUCUGUUGCAACCACGCUUCCAAAGAAUAUGAGUUUCGAAUCAGAACAGCCAUCUGUUGACGAAGACUCAGAGUUUGAGGAGGGCGAUACCGUUGUACAAUACGAACUUGAUGAAAGCCUGGACGAGGUUGCGGCUCACUCAGUAUCUGAAGCAUUUCUAUCAGCCCAAACCGAAGUGGAGCAGUCAUCGCAGACAUCUAUACAGAACAGACCCAACCCUCUGGCGCUUUUUGGCAACCCCACUAUCAUUAAAAACGAUGGUCAGGAUAGUCCCACUAUGGAGCCACCACAAACACCACGUUCGUGGAGAGGUAGUUUGAGUUCGCUGUCAACGGAUAUCUCACCAGACUCAAGCCCGCCUAGUACCGUGGAGGAGUCUCCUUCAGUUCGCAACGCAACCAACCGUUCUAUGAGAGCACCGCGUCCCGAGCUCAAUGCAGCUAUGGCCAAGCGUCGACCUGUACAGAGUACUACCACCACCACCACGGAUGAUACAGCGAGCGCACCAUGGCCACCAACACAUUUCGCUCAGAAAUCUACCAGCAGCGCCGAAGAGCUGGAGCGAAAGAUUUCUGACAUUUUGACAACGAUUCCUGGCCGCAUUAGACUCAGAUCGGGUCCGGGUCCCGAUGCACCUGAAGUCAAGCCAGCUCGUGGCCUUCUGGCAAAAGGAAGCCGCGGAUACCUGCGCGCAGCUCGCUCGGUUAGUGGCCUCAAGUCUCCCGAGCUCACCUUGUCGCCUGCGAAGAGCGAAUUCGACUUGAACAACACUGCAUCCGGACGGAGGUCCGCAGCAGCCGCAAGAGGCGAUAACGACAUCAAGUUGUAUCAUCUCACACAACCUGGCAAAGAACAACCUAUCAAGCUCUUCAUCCGCCGCGUUGGUGAAAAUGGUGAGCGUGUCAUGGUCCGCGUCGGCGGCGGUUGGUCUGAUUUGGGCGAGUACUUGCGCCAGUAUGCUGAGCACCAUGGUCGCAGGACAGCAAGCGAAGGCAAGUUUGAGGUCCUAGGCCUUGAGGUGAAGAACCCCGAUAGUUCUCCCACCCGACCAGACAGUAGGGCGAGCAAAAUGGAGAGGCGAAUUAGCGUCGGCUUUCCUUUGGCCAGCCCUAACACAACACCUGUGAAGUCAUCUGGUCUAAGCUACUUCACAAGCGAUGAAGCGCCUCCGCCCAUGCCCAGCUUCAUCACCGGAACACCUGGCGCUGCUGAAGACCCGACUAUGCCUUCGUCGGCCUCUUCUCGCAGCUCUUGGCAAGGCAAGGAAGUCGGACUUGCGGGUCCGAAAGCGAAGAAGCUGGAUCUUAGUGGCGAGAAGCUAGAGUGGAUUGAGGGCAUGAUGAAGCAAGCUCGCACCGUGAGCAGUAACGUCAUCACUUCAAGCCAUCCACCAUUUGAGCGGACCGAUAGCAGGGGUGAUAGUCGCCCGGGUAGCGCUGUGGGUGGAAAGAAGUCGGAGUUUGGCGACCUAGGCAAGGUUGGUGCCACGAAGAGGGUCUUUAUGAAGGGUGGUAAGCCUGAUCACUAG